AUGCAAACAAAAUGUCCAUUGAAGGUGACAAUAGAAAAAGAGAAGGAGUUUAAUUACUACAAACCAGGAGAUUACCUGAUUACUGGAAUAACAUCUAAAAUAUUUUCUCGAAGUUAUCCUUAUGUUCUUUCCAAGCCUCCAGCUCACAGGUUGAGAAGUUCUUUGACAAUGUUCUGCCAUAUCCUGCCCUUCUUCUUUGCUGUUCAUGAGAUCAACCAGAGCCCAAGGCUCUUACCCAACAUCUCCCUGGGCUACAACAUCUAUGAGAACUUCUUCAAUGCAAGAAUAACCUCUGAGGCCAUGAUGGACUUCCUCUCUACAGGGCAGGAGAACGUCCCAAACUACAGAUGUGGAAGGCAAAAGAAACUGCUGGCAGUUCUUGAAGAGACAGAAUCUGAGCUCUUUGAUCAUGUUUCUACUUUCUUGGGCAUCUACAAAAUCCCACAGAUCAACUACGGUGUUAUCAGCCACAUUCCUGAGCAAAAUAAUUAUUUUCCUUUUUUCUACCGGAUGACCCCGAAACAAGAUCCUCCUUACUCAGCAAUUGUCAAGCUACUCCUGCAUUUCCCAUGGACCUGGAUUGGGCUCCUUUCUCAGCACAAUGAAAGAGGAGAGAUCUUUAAAGGAAGCUUGGAAACUCUAGCUGUAAAAAGUGGGAUUUGCAUUGUCCUCUCAGAAACCAUCUCAGCAUCGAAUAUAGAUACUAGUUUUGGACAAAUGUCCAAGCAAGACGAAAAGAAAGUAGUCCUUUUUUUAAUCAAUAAUCAAGUGAAAAUUAUAGUUUGUCAACUGGAUUUUCAUGCCGUCGCCAUACUAUUUGCAUUAAUACAUAUUCAUGAAAAGAAUAAAACCUUCAUUGGGGGAAAAGUGUGGAUUGCAACAACUUGGUCUGAUUUCAGUAUCAGACUCUUUUACCGUGUGCUUGAUCUCCAAAGUAAACAUGCUUUGUUUUCCUUCCUCACCAAGACAAAGAGAAAGACAGAGUCUUAUUACUUUAAUUUAUAUUCCUCUACUGACAAACAGUUUGUAAAGAAAGCAUUCCAGUGUUCCUUUUCAAGGCCUGUGUUGUCUAAGAAAGUUUGGGAAAGGUGCACAGAAAAAGAGAUCCAGGAGAACCCACCCCGUGCUAUGGUUAAAAGAUACCUGCUGAAUGACGGCGCCAGUAUUUCCGAUGCAAUCCAAGCUGUGGCCUGGAUCCUCAGUGUUGCCUCUUCCUCCCAACUGAGUAAGGGGAGGGUGCAGGUUAGAGGCCAUCAGUCACCUCAUAUUGUGCAACCAUGGCAGCUUCACUGGUUCAUGAGAAACUUUCAGCUUCAAAAUCUUUCCAGCGAUGGAGUUUAUUUGGAUGAAAAUGGGAUUCCCUUUGCUGACUUUGAUAUCAUGCACUGGAGAAUGUUUCCCAACAAGUCUUCUGCUGGGUUGAAAGUUGGGAGUGCAGAAAGAGAAGCCAUUUCCAAAGUCAAGGUCUCCAUCAAUCAGAGUGCCAUUGUCUGGCCAAGAUCAUUUAACAAGACAGUACCUUCAUCUAGAUGUACAGAAAGUUGUUCCCCAGGACAUGUCAAGCUCAUGAGAGAAGGAGCACCAGUUUGCUGUUACGACUGUUCUCUGUGUACGGAAGGAACAUUCUCUGUGCAAAAAGAUGCAGCACAUUGCAGCAGGUGUCCAGAUGACCAGCAUUCAAAUAAAAAGCGAGAUCGGUGUGUCCCCAAAACUAUAAGCUUCUUGUCUUACAAAGAAAUAUUGGGACUGCUCCUGGCUUCCUUUGCCCUUGCUUUGUCCCUAACCACUUCCUUUGUUCUGGGAAUCUUUAUUAAAUACCAAGAGACUCCUAUAGUCAAAGCCAACAACCGGGACCUCACCUACAUUUUCCUGGUUUCCCUCCUCCUUUCCGUCUUGACCUCUCUUCUAUUCAUUGGCCAGCCCAACAAAUUGACCUGUUUUCUCCGACAAGCCACUUUCAGCAUUGUUUUUUCUGUUGCUGUCUCUUCCUUGCUGGCCAAGACUGUCAUGGUGGUGGUGGCUUUCCUGGCUAAAAAGCCAGGGAGUCGAAUGAGGAAAUGGCUUGGGAAGAGUCUGGCCAAUUCAAUUGUUUUUUCUUGCUCUGGUGUUCAAGUGGGCAUCUGCAUCACGUGGCUGGGAAGCUCUCCCCCAUUUCCUGACUCUGACCUGCAUUCCCAACCAGGACAGAUUCUUAUGCAAUGUAAUGAAGGCUCCGUCAUCAUGUUCUACAUCGCCCUUGGCUACAUGGGCUUUCUGGCUUCCACCUGCUUCUUGGUGGCUUUCUUGGCCCGAAAGCUGCCAGGGACCUUCAAUGAAGCCAAAGUACCUUAUGAUAACAGGGGAAAAGAAUGCUUCAUUUUCACCACUCAAGUGGUCAACCAGAAACUCCAGCUCCUGAAUAAUCUCACAUUUGGGUACAACAUACAUGAGAACUAUUUGAACCCACUUGGCACUUCAGAUGCCUUGCUGGACAUGCUCUCUACUGGAAAAGCCAAUGUUCCUAACUACAGCUGUGGAAGGAAGGACAACCUUUUGGUUCUUAUUGAUGCAGCUGACAGGGAGAUCUCCAUCCAGAUGUCUACAUUAGUAGGCACCUAUAAAGUCCCACAGACUCAGAGUGAUCGCUAUCAGUAA